AUGUCGCAAUUCAGGGUCAGGCAAGCAGAACUCCGCGAUCUGCCACGCGUUACAACAGUCGGCCUCGCCAGCUUACCUGACGACCCAGCGUUCGUGUGGCUUUACAGGUAUAGGCAACAAUAUCCUGAUGAUAACUACUUUUUCUGGCUGCAAGUAUUCAAGACUUAUUUGUAUACCCCCAACAUCACGUUUCUCGUAGCUGAAGAGGUUGCAUCGUUGGACAAGAAAAGCGAAGACCGUGGAGAAGCAGUAGCGACCAUAUUCGCUUUCGCAAUCUGGGAGAGGAAUGAGAAGAAGACGGCGACACAGGCUCUAACCAGUCUGUACAACAAUUGCUCUUUGGAGACGCUACACCGUUGCGUCACCAAGCUAGAGAACUGGGCCAUACGCCAAGAGUUCCCGCGGCGCGAUGCCGAUGUGAAUCGACUGAGGGCGUUUGAGAAAGGGAUGAACUACACCCACUCAAAAUAUUGGGAAAAGACAUACCCCCAGAACUUCUACCUAUCUCUGCUCGCGACCCAUCCAGACUAUCGUCGGCGAGGCGCAGGUACCGCGCUCACUCAAUGGGGUAUCGAUCAAGCCAUGACUGCUGGCUUCGAUGUUGGGCUUGAGGCAAGUCCAAUGGGAUUUCCACUAUACCAGCAUUUAGGUUUCAUUCAUUUGGGAGACCAUGUACUGAAGGCGGAUAACGAUUCUACGAGUGUAGUGUUGAGGAUUAUGGUAUACGAAAGGGACCAGAAGUCAUUGUCGGUCUGA